AUGGCGACCAGGGGCAACAGUCUGCGAGAUCGCCAGAUCGCGUCUCUCAAAAAGAUACUCAACCUCAACGAGACGGUCGAGUCGAGCGAGGCGGACGAAGCCCACGCCAACGGGCUCCUUGCGCCUGUCGCCCCCAUCCUCGACGCCGACGGCAACCCCAUCUGGAAGGUGCUGGUCUUUGACGACCUCGGGCGCGAUGUCAUUAGCAGCGUCAUGCGCGUCAGCGACCUAAGGUCCAUGGGCAUCACCAUGCACAUGCACAUUGCGAGCGCGCGCCAUCCCAUACCCGACGUCCCCGUCAUCUACCUCCUCGAGCCGACGGCGCAAAACCUCCAGGGCAUCACCACCGACUUGGAAAAGGGGCUGUACUCUCCCGCGUACAUCAACUUCCUUUCGUCUCUGCCACGGGUGCUCCUGGAAGACUUUGCGACGCAAACAGCCACAGCCGGCACGUCGGAGCAGAUAGCCCAGCUGUUCGACCAGUACCUCAACUUUAUCGUCGCCGAGCCGGAUCUCUUCAGUCUCGGCAUGCAGAAGCAGCACACAUACUGGGCCUUGAACAGCGCCAAGACGAGUGACGAGGAGCUCGACCUGGUGGUGGACCGGAUCGUGAGCGGCCUCUUUAGCGUGAUUGUGACCAUGGGUGUUAUCCCCAUCAUUCGCUGUCCAAAGGGAGCCGCCGCGGAGAUGGUCGCCGCCCGCCUCGACCGCAAGCUCCGAGACCACAUCCUCAACUCUAAAGACAACCUCUUCUCCGGGCCGAGAUCUACGGCGGCUGGCACCCCCAGCUCGAGGCCCGUCCUCAUCCUCCUCGAUCGAAACGUUGACCUGAUACCGAUGCUGUCUCACUCGUGGACGUACCAGUCUCUGGUCCACGACGUUCUCAACAUGAAGCUCAAUCGGAUCACAAUCGAGACAGCCGUCGAGGAGGGCAACCCAGCCAAGGGUACUACGAAAAAGGCGUAUGAUCUCAGCUCCAACGACUUCUUCUGGGCCAAAAACGCGGGCGUCCCCUUUCCACAGGUGGCCGAGGACAUCGACGCCGAAUUGACCAAGUACAAGGAGGACACGGCCUCGAUCACCAAGAAGACGGGAGUGACGGAUUUAGAGGACCUGCAAAACGACACGAGCGCCAGCGCGCAACACCUCAAGGCCGCGAUAACAUUGCUGCCCGAGAUGCGCGAGCGCAAGGGCAUCCUCGACAUGCACAUGAACAUUUUGGCGGCGCUGCUGUCCGGUAUCAAGGACCGUCAACUGGACAAUUACUUCCAGAUCGAGGAAAACGCUCAAAAGCAGACCAAGGCCCAGAUCAUGGAGAUUAUCAAGGACGACAACAAGGGUACGGUGCCGGCUGAUAAGCUGCGGCUUUUCAUCAUCUGGUUCCUCAGCACGGAGCAGGAAGUCAGCAGGGCAGACUUUGAGAGCUUCGGCAAGGCUCUGGAGGCCGCCGGCGCCGACACGUCGUCUCUGGCAUACGUUCGACAGGUGCGAGCUACUACCAAGAUGACGCAGCUUACUACCAUCAACAACAACACGAACCAGCAGUCGUCGUCGGACCUGUUUGGCCGCUUCUCGUCCAUCUCUUCACGCCUCACGGACCGGCUCAAGGAGACGGGCGUACCGACAGGACUGUCGUCCAACUUUGAGUCGCUCAUCAGCGGCGUCAAGAACUUUUUGCCGGCAGACAGAGACUUGACUGUGACCAAGAUUGUCGAGUCGAUCAUGGACCCGUCCACGGCGGCGUCGUCGGCGAUUGCCAAGACGGAGCACUACCUGUACUUUGACCCGCGGUCGGCCAACGCGCGAGGGACGAUGCCGCCACCCAGCGCGAUACGGUCGGGCGCCGGAGCGAACGCGCCGGGCGGCAUGCCUGGGGCCGCGGGCGUCGGGCAGUCAGCGACGUUCGGGCAGCGGCGGCAGGGGUUCAGCGAGGCGGUGGUGUUCACGGUGGGCGGCGGCAGCAUGGACGAGUACGGCAACCUGCAAGAGUGGGUGAGCCGGACAGGCGGCGACCGGGGACGGAAGCGGGUGGUGUACGGGAGCACAGAGCUGGUUAAUGCCGGCGAGUUCAUCAAGGAGGAGCUGGAGAGGCUGGGCAACGAGCUCGCGUCGUGA